GUUUAAAUAAAUCUACAAAAGUGAAACCCUUAAAAAUGAUGAAACGUACUCGUGAAGAAGUACAGUAUGGUGCACGGCCGGGUCCCGGUGGUGUAGGUGGUAGUGGCGGCGGGGGAGGAGGAGGUGGUGUUGGCGGCGGCGGAGGUAUUACAGCUGUUGGUAAUGUUGUUACCGGUGGUGCGGCCAGUGUUACCACCAUUGGUACCGUCGUACCCGGCUCACAUGGUACCGCUGGCGCUACAGCAUUAACCGUUGGCUUGGGCACCGCCACUAUACCAGCCGGUUCAAUUGCUCAUCAUCGUAUUUUAACACCUCAGCAUGGUGGUGGUGGACAGACCAUAACCUAUUUACCCUCCAAUACACCGGUAACGGCGACAAAUUUAAAAACAAUUGCUGAUAGUAGCGGUGGAAGUGGCGAUACAACCACAACGGUAACUGGUGGUUUAGUAGGAGGUGGACGUAUAACACAAAUUGGUGGUAAUGCUGUGGUAUCAACUGGUGGUGGUGGUAGUGGCGCUGGUAAUACCGUUGUCCAGCAGCAAACUGUACAAUAUUCAACUUCCUAUAAUGUAUCUUCCAUACCAACUGGUGGUACACUCAAAACCGGACCAGAUGGUGCGGUACAAAUUCAUGUAACGGGUGGUGGCGGCGGCGGUGUUACUGCUGGCGGAGCCGUUCCCAUUGUUGCCAAUACCCCCACAGUACCACCACAACAAACAAAUUCGGUGCGGCAACGCACCAUUAGUGGCACCACCCAGAGCAGCAACAUCUCAUCAUCGUCCCAGACAAUGGUGCAACAACAACAAACAUCGGCGCAAAGUAGUAGCGGCGCACAAAUUACAACUGGCGGUGGCGGUCCACCACCAUCUUCGGCAGCACCACCACCACAGCCCGGACAACCGGGUGCACCACCACGCCUCAAAGUUGAAGAUGCCCUCAGCUAUUUGGAUCAAGUUAAAUACCAAUAUGCCGAUCAGCCACAAAUCUAUAAUAAUUUCCUCGACAUCAUGAAAGAAUUCAAAUCGCAUUGCAUCGAUACGCCUGGAGUUAUACAAAGGGUAUCAACGCUCUUCAAGGGCCACACGGAGUUGAUCUAUGGCUUUAAUAUGUUUCUGCCACCGGGCUAUAAAAUCGAAAUACAUUCGGAUGAGUUGGGCUGUUCAGUGCCGGUGGUAUCGAUGCCAUCACCGCCCGGCUCCGCACCGGGAAGCGGUACCACAGUGCAUGCUAUGUCCGGUACCGCCAUGACUAUUGGGCAUAAAAUCACAAGCAAUGCUUCCUCUGGACCGUCAGUACAUCAAAUGCAAACGGCGGCCACAGCUGGAGCCAGCGGCGGAGCAGUUAAUCUGAUGACCCACGGCGGUACAUCUCUGUCACAGACAACAAUACAUGCCUUACAGCCACCAUCAGCGGCGGCCCAACAGUCACCAAAUCCCGCAGGUGGACACACGCCAACACAUGUUCCGCCACAUGCCAGUGCCUCACCGGCACCGGCUCAGGUGACUGUGGCAUCGGUGGUCAAUGCCACCGGAGGAGCACCACCAUCGAAUAUGCCACAAAAUUAUUCACGAGAUCGUGAUCGAGGCAGCGUAACAAUGUCGGCAGCUAAUUUGCCACCUUCGGCAGCAGCAGCACCUGGUGGUGGCAUGGUUGUUGGUGGUCCGCCCACACCAAAUUCGGUAAACGAUUUAAGUCCACAAACGGCGGCCGCUGGAGGUCAUCACAAUCUGCAUCAUAUAUCACAGGCUCAUCAAUCGAUGAUGAUGGGUGAAACGGCACCAGCACCGGGAGCAGCACCGCAACAACCAGUCGAAUUCAAUCAUGCCAUAACAUAUGUUAAUAAAAUAAAGAAUCGUUUCCAAAAUCAACCCGAAAAGUACAAAAAAUUCCUCGAAAUUUUGCACACCUAUCAGAAGGAGCAGAAAGUCAUUAAAGAAGGUGCAACGGGUGUUAAUCAGGGCAAAACCUUAACGGAACAAGAAGUCUAUACCCAAGUGGCGAAACUUUUUGGCCAGGAUGAAGAUUUGUUGCGUGAGUUUGGACAAUUUUUACCCGAUGCCACAAAUCAUCAGGCCCAACAGUAUAUGACCAAAUCGCAUAACGAUCAUAAACGGGCCACAACAACAGCAGCGGCAUUAAGCGGUGGUGCUCAUAUAACAAUGUCACCGGCUGGUGGUGCUGGCGGAGUUAUACCAGCUGCCGGUUCACCGCUACAUUUGGGUAGUGGUGCCACCAUAUCACAAAUAAGUACAACGGCGCAUGCAGCCGCCUUGGCUGCGGUCAAUACCAGUGUUAGCCUAAAGCCUACGCCAUACAACAAUUCCCAACAAAAUCAUGUGAUUAGCAGUGGCAGUGUGGUGGGUUCCGGUGGCCCGGCUGAUAUUCUCUACGAAAAAGAUUAUCGCGGCAAUGUCCAUGUGAAUGUCCAUCAUCCGGGUGGUGGCGGCGCCCACCAUUUACCGGGCAAUGCAGCAUCUUGUAAUAUUCGAGGAUCCUACGAUUCCAAAGAUUCACAUCGUAGCAAUCACCAUGCCUCCGUUGUGACAGGAUCACAGAAAUAUCUCUCGCACCAUCAUCAUGGCCACAAUCAAGCCGGACAAGCGUCGGCAAAUAUGGGUGGUGGUGGUGGCAAUGUCCAUAACAUGGGCAACAUGAGCAGUAAUGUCUCGAAGAAAUCACCUAGCUAUGGCGGUUUACCCUCCGGCAUGCCACCAGGCAGUGGCGGUAUGCCACCACAUCUGCAGGGCAGCGGCUCAACAAAUGUUUCCAGUCUAAAUUAUGCCCCCUCACCAGGCGGCGGCAAUACCUAUCACAAUCAAAUGGCCCAUACACCUGGCUCUCGCCGGCAUGCUGAUGAUAUGAGCAGCGGUGGUGUGGGUGGAGGCUCGGGUGUGCCGCCCACCAAACGACACAAGCCCAUAUGCCGGGACAUUUCAUUUUCGGAGGCGUCGCGCAAGUGCAGCAUUCAGGAUGCCGCCUUCUUCGACAAGGUCCGAAAGUCGUUGCGAAAUCCCGAAGUAUAUGACAACUUUUUGCGCUGCCUCACCCUCUACACCCAAGAAAUUGUUUCGAAGACUGAACUUUUAACAUUAGUUACACCGUUCCUUAGCAAAUUUCCCGAUCUGAUUCGUUGGUUUACGGACUUUUUGGGACCGCCUGUGUCACAGGUGACCGGAUCGAAUUGUGGCCUCACCGGCAGUAGCCAUUCCGAAGGUAUUCCUCUACAAGCUGCACAACGUCACGGUGGCGGCGGCGGUGCUGUCAAUAGUAAUUCGGCGGGAUCGCAUGGCGGUGCCAGUGGCCUCAACGAACGUCAAAAUAAUCUGCAAAAUACCGAUCAUCAUCAGGAGAUCGAUUUGUCGUCGUGUAAACGUUUGGGUGCCUCCUAUUGUGCCCUGCCACAAUCAACAAUACCGAAAAAAUGUUCCGGACGUACGCCGCUCUGUCGUGAAGUGCUCAACGAUAAAUGGGUAUCGUUUCCGACGUGGGCCAGUGAGGAUUCGACAUUUGUGACAUCGCGUAAAACGCAAUUUGAGGAGACAAUAUACAGGAAUAUUCACAGAACUGAGGAUGAACGCUUCGAAUUGGAUGUGGUCAUCGAGACGAACAGUGCAACAAUACGUGUCUUGGAGGGUGUACAAAAGAAAAUGUCCCGCAUGUCACCCGAGGAUUUGGCACGCUAUCAUUUGGACGAUUAUUUGGGCGGUACAUCGCAGACGAUACACCAGAGGGCCAUAUAUCGAAUAUAUGGUGAGAAGGCCGGUGAAAUAAUACAAGGCUUGAAAAAGAAUCCCUCAGUGGCGGUGCCCAUUGUGCUGAAACGUUUAAAGGUCAAAGAGGAGGAAUGGAGAAAAGCUCAGAAGAGUUUCAAUAUACAAUGGCGUGAACAAAACGAAAAGUAUUAUUUGAAAUCUUUGGAUCAUCAAUCCAUCAACUUUAAACCCAAUGACAUGAAGGCUCUACGUUCGAAAAGUCUUUUCAAUGAAAUUGAAACGCUUUACGAUGAGCGCCAUGAUCAAGAAGAUGAAAACGGUGAACCAAUAACGGGGCCACAUUUAAUCUUGCCCUAUAAGGACAAAACCAUUUUGGAUGAUGCCGCCAAUUUACUGAUACACCAUGUCAAACGUCAAACGGGCAUACAAAAACAGGAGAAAACAAAAAUCAAACAUAUUCUGCGUCAGUUUGUGCCCGAUUUAUUCUUCUCCACCCGACAGCCCUUGAGUGAUGAUGAACGCGAAGAUGUAUUCCCGUUUUUAAUAGAUGAUAACGACAAAAUGGACGUUGAUUCAACAACAACAACGCCCGCUUCUUGCAAACAAGAGACAAAAAAUAAAUCCGGGAAUGUAACAACAUCAGCAUCAUCAUCGACAAUAAACUCCUGCUCUUCAAGCUCUGGUUCACCGUCGUCCGGCGCCGCUGGCGUCUCCUCCACCUCGUCAACUGCAGCUGCAACGACGUCCACGACGACAACAACAACAUCGUCCAGUUUACAACAGCCGCAGCCUGCCAUUAAAACCGAAACCGAAGCAAUGGAUACUAAAGAAAAUCUGGUACCAGCUUCAACGCCAAGUGUAAUAAAUAAUGCAUCAACAACAGCAGCUGGGGAUACCACAACCACCAGUUCUUCCUUUACAUCAUCCUCAUCAUCUGCGGCGACGUCAUCAACAGCAACAACAAUUGCCAGCAAUGAUAAAAAUCCCGAGUCUAAAGGUGGUGGUGGCGGUGAUACCUCCAAAGAAUCAUCAUCAAACACUGCCACAACUGAUAUCGCCACGACUGGUGGUGGUGUUUCCCCUUCAACAGCAGCAGCAUCCUCCGAGUUAAGUACAAACCCAGCAAAUUGUGAUUCCAAAGCAAAUGUCGCCGAAACAUCAUCAUCGACAGCAGUUGCAACAGUGCCGCCAACAUCGUCGACCAGCGUAUCAACAAUAACAACAACGUCUGCUGCAGCGGCGGUCACCACAUCAGCAGCAACCACGACGCCGCCAAUGACAACAAAUGCUGCCACUGCAUCGACAACAACGUCACUGGUAUCCGUUGAUGGCAUUAAAACCGAAAUCAAACAAGAAGAUGAAGAAAUGCCGCCUUCCACAGAUAUUCCCGUACCACCGCAUGCAAUUAGUAAACAUUUGGAUGAAGCCUAUACCCUCUUCUUUGCCAACAACAAUUGGUAUUUAUUCUUUCGCCUGCACGCUAUACUCUGUGAACGUUUACGCACCAUGUACGAACGUGCACAAAUUAUCGCUGCCGAAGAGGAAAAAUACAAACAAAAUCGUCGUGAAAAUAUCGCACAAGCCUUAAGACUGAAACCGAAAUCGGAGGUGGCAGUCGAAGACUACUAUCCAACGUUCCUGGAUAUGUUGAAAAAUGUGCUCGAUGGCAAUAUGGAUUCGAAUACAUUCGAGGAUCAAAUGCGUGAAAUGUUCGGUAUACAUGCGUACAUAUCAUUCACCCUCGACAAGGUGGUGUCGAAUGCGGUGCGUCAAUUGCAGAAUUGUGUUACCGAACGCAUUGCACUGGACUGUGUGGAAUUGUUUCAUCAUGAACAGAAGAAGGGCGGCGCCGGUGGCCUAUGUCGCAAUGCCAACAAGGCGUUUAAUGCCGAAAUGCACUAUCAACGCAAGGCCGAGGAGAUUCUGCACGAGGAGAACUGCUUUAAAAUCUAUAUUUACAAAAUUGAUUGCCGUGUUACCAUUGAAUUGCUGGACACGGACAGUGAUGAUGUAACGACGGAACGUGAAAAGCCUGUAAAUAAAGUUAAAUCGUGGUCGAAAUAUGUGGAUCGCCUAACAAAUCCAACAUCGGCAAAUAACACAAAUGCCAACAAUUCGCCAAAUUCAUCCAACAACAAUAACAACAGCAAUAACAACAAUAAUUCAUCAUCAAACUUAGGAGAUGCGAGCAACAAUCUAACAAACAACGAAAUAAAAACCGAGCGAUGGGAUGAAGAUGGUUUGGACAUGCAUGCUGCUCCACGAAAACCCAGAUUUUUGAAACGUAAUAAACUUUUGGCCUAUUUGAAAGCUAAUCAUUUGAUGAAUGUGCCACCAACUGCUGCUAUACCAACACCUCCUGCAUCUUCAGAAAAUACUGCAGCAGCUACCUCCACCACCAAUGAUUUAAAUAGUUUUUGGAAUAAACAACGAUCGGCGGCGGCGCCAGAACGUCUGGGCAAUUUACGCCUGCCAAGUGAGAAAUAUUUCAUUAACGAUCGCGACGAGAUCAAAUUAAAUGCAUCCGGCCGUCAAGUUUUUGUCAUCAAUAAGAAUCUCAAAUUUUUCAAAUUGGAUUCUGUGCGAAAGGCAAAAAUGUGUCAUAUGCGUGUAACCCAAUCGAAAUAUAAACGUUUCCAGCAAUUUGCUCAAAAAUGGCUAACCGCCAAUGUUAGCAAUGACCAGCAGCAGCAAUGCAACGAAUGGCUAAUGGGCAAUCCAAAUAAUGGUGGCGGUAACAACACUACUUCCAAUAACAACAACAACAAUUUUUCAAUACCCAAAACCCUAUUGAUAAUACAAAAUGAUUUAAAGAAGACACCCUAUCAUCCAUAUCAUCGUUAUAAGGUGUUGAAUGUAACAACGGCGGCGGGCACAACAGCCGGUAGUCUUGCGGCGGCAGUGGCUGCCAUAACCAGUUCAGCCUCGUUUAAUACAACAAUAACAAAUGCGAAUGUAACAACAACAACAACUGGUAGUGGCGUGGUGGGUGGUAUGAAUUUAACAACCUUGGCAAAUGUUACGGCCCUAAGUGUGGGUGCAACAACAUCGUCAUCCUCUUCAGCAACAGGCGGCAAUGUGGUCACCUCAUCCUCAUCCCCGGCUCCCAUUUUAUUAUCAGCCACAAAUUACAAUACUAACGUAGUAGAUGGUAUAAUACAAUCCACCAGCAGCAGCAGCUCUGUAACGGCGGCAACCCAGGACCAGCCAGCCCCCCAAAACUAA